GGAAGUCCCGCCCCGGAUGCGGCGCGCAGGGUCAUGGCUGCACACGGGCGGCGGGGGUCUGCGCGGCUAUUCCUAGCGCUGAAGUCCCUGCCGGUGCUUCGGCCCCUGCAUGACGUGACCCCACCACGGGACGUGCUGCUCUUUGAGCACGAACGGGGCCGCUUCUUCACUGCCCUCGGGCUGUUCUGCACUGGCCAGGGCGUCUUCUGGGCCUCCCUGGCCAUUGCAGCCUUGACCCGCCCCCCGGUCCCGGCCCGGCCUCCGGACACCGAGCCUCCAGAUCGCAGCCGCCUGGACCUUCGCUCUGCGCUCUGGCGGUACGGCCUGGCCGUCGGCUGUGGCGCCAUCGGUACCCUGGUACUUGGUGCUGGUCUUCUCUUCUCCCUCCGCUCUGUGCGCUCAGUGAUCCUGAGGGCCGGAGGGAAGCAAGUGACCCUCACCACUCAUGCCCCCUUUGGCUUGGGUGCCCAUUUCACCGUUCCCUUGAACCAAGUGUCCUGCAUGGCCCACCGGGGUGAAGUCCCUGCCAUGCUGCCUCUGAAGGUCAAAGGCCGGCGCUUCUACUUUCUUUUGGACAAAGCUGGACAUUUUCCCAAUACCAAACUCUUUGACAACACUGUAGGUGCCUACCGUAGCUUGUGAAGAGACAAGAAACAACCUCAGAUCACUCACCCCUCCCAGAGGGGAAGAAAAACUGAACCUUAGGGAUGGGGUGACAACUAGGGUCAUACAAGGGGCCACAAAAUUCAUUAACAGCAAAUAAAAGAGCAGUCAUCCCCAGGGCAGCUACCUGCCAGUACCUCUAA